UGGACGGUACCUGGCCUGGUCGUUGCGUACAGACUGGAGCUCACAUGCUUCCGCGCACUGGCAGUGACGCAGGCGUCAGAGCAGUCGGCCCACGACCCACGACACGGACGGAGAUCCAUCGCCAGGUAUCCUCAUCGCCGCAGCCAUGGCCGAAAUGACGACGACGAGGCUCGACGCGGACUCGCAGAUGCUGCUGGACCAGCCGCUGCUACGCCUGCCCCACGAGCUGCUCCGCAAGAACCUCAAGGCCGCCCAGCGAAACAUCGAGCUGACGAGCAAGAACCUGCAGAAGGAUGUACAAACCGCCGCCUCCGCUGCUGCUGGCCAGAAGCCCACGCAGACCCUCGCCUCGCUGGAAGCGACGCUGGCAAAAGCCCAGAGUCUGAAGCGCAAGUUGGAGGCCCUCCAUGCCGAGGAACAGCAGAUCCACCGCCAACAGCGGGCUCGCAUUCAGCACCUCCAGCAGCUUCACGAGAUACCCAGUCUUGCAGACGUCAAGUACGACAAGUGGUCACAUACUCGGCUGGACCGGCUGCUUGUCGACUACCUGUUGCGGCAAGGCUACACCCAAAGUGCCAAAGAGCUAGCAGCCGAGAAAGACGUGAAUGAUCUGGUGGACAUAGAAGUGUUUGAAGAAUGCGGACGCAUAGAACACAGUCUGCGUUCAGGUCGCACUCAGGAGUGUCUGGCGUGGUGCAGCGAGAACAAGCAGGCGCUCAAGAAGAUUAACAGCAAACUCGAGCUCGAGCUGCGUCUUCAACAAUGCAUUGAGCUUGCACGGAGUGGGAAACAGGUUGAUGCCAUUUUUCACGCACGUAAAUUCUUGGCUAGCGAUCAAGACCCAGCCUUUGGUCUCAAGGCCGCUGGCCUUCUCGCCCAUCCCGCAGACACUCCUGUUGAGCCUUACCAGGACAUGUACAACUCUGACCGCUACGCUUAUCUCGCUGAGCAUUUCGUCAGGACUCACCACGAGCUAUUCAAUUUGCCCACUCACCCACUUAUUCACAUCGCACUCUCCGCCGGUCUAUCAGCACUAAAGACCCCUAGCUGUCACUCACAAUUCGCACUGCAAACAAGCGCUAACACCGGUGCACCGGUUUGCCCCAUCUGUAGCACUGAGCUCAACGAGCUCGCACGGAGUGUUCCAUAUGCACAUCAUACGAAGAGUCACAUGGAGGAGGAUCCGGUGGUAUUGCCAAAUGGUCGCGUAUUCGGGCGGGAGAGGCUGUACAGGCUCAAUGAAAAACUAGGCACGAAGCCGGGGAGGAUCAAGGACCCUACCGAUAUGGAACAUGAGUGGGAUGAAAAGGAGUUGAAGAAGGUGUACAUUUCGUAGGCUCAUACUGGUCUCGAGCCGCGUCAUAUCAAUCGAUGCAUUCUUCCCCCUGGCUAUGCUCUGGCAAUGGAUUCUGUCGCCCUUCGGCUGAAGUAGUGUUUGCAAAGUGGUCCUCCUAUGCCCAAUGUUGUGUCGAAUGUCUGAAAAAGGUCUGAUACUGGCC